AUGGGUCUGCCACAGACUGCUUCAAGCGAGCAAUCCCAUGAAGCUACGUCUGCACCAAGUUGCAGCCUUUCGCAAAGUCUGCCUGUGUACGCCACUUCCCAUGAUUCAGAUGGCCUUAAUAGAGGAAGUGAGGGAGGCAUCUGCUCUUCCAUUGGAGAAUUUGUUAGGAAAACAUCACUGGAGCCUCUAGAGCAGACAGAUGAUUCGUGUAGAUUCCAUGGCACUCGUGUUGAGACCUCGUCAAGUGCUCAGGGAUCGACUAGCUAUGCUGCUGAUAAGGUUGGUUCGAGUCUCACUGGAGCUAGAAGGAUAGUUGGUUUUGCAUCAAGCGAAACUAGCUCAGUGGACAACAAACAAACGAGUGUAGCUGUUGGAGUUACAGGAGUAGAUAUUGGUGGUGGAGCGUUAGUGAGGAAACGAGUACUCUCCCCUCUGAACACUCUCUUCCCUGUGAAAUUCAGAGGUGACCUGCUUGAUAUCAGCUGUAGUAGUAACCACCAGCAGAUUACUUAUUCUGGUAUCUCUAAUGGAUUCUGCAAUUCUGUCGCACAAGAUCACAAAAAGGUUAAUCUCGCUAGUAGGUUACAUCUCUCAACCACUCCUACGUCCACAUCCACAGCCACUUGCUGGGAGUGGAAGAAUGCCUCAGACGGUGGUAGACUCUCGUCCAUGGUCUUCUCUGAUGGUCCAUUGCUUGACUCUGUAGACCUCCGCAGACCCACUAAAGGCGAGGUUUGCUUAUAUUCGCCAGUAUAUGAAACGCAUGGAAUACCGAAUAUGCCAUUGCCUUGUGAUAAGGAUAUAUCUGUCUCUCCACCGCUUUCUAUGUCACCACUUGGUCCGAAGUUUUCUGAGAGGAUAAAAGCUGUAAGAAGUGGCCAAAAUGGGAAGGUAGUUGAAGAUUUAAGGAAUAUCAGUGAGGAAGCAGGAUUAAGGAUUGAGCGUAGAUUGUUUGACGAUGCGUAUGCUCUUAGGAGAGCGUUCUCGAUGGACAGAGGUAUUGAAUCAGCUCCUGCUUCUCCGUGUAAAAGGUUCAGUAGAAGCUUGAGUGGACGUCCCAUUCAGAGGUCAUUGGUUGGUUCUUUCGAGGAGUCACUCUUGACUGGAAGAUUGUCAUGCGGGACAACAAAUCAGAUUGACGGUUUUCUUGCCGUUCUUAGUAUUGCUGGGGGAAACAUAUCGCCAAAAUCACAGAAGCUUCCAUUCUCAGUAACCAGUGUUGGUGAUGAUUGCCUCUUGCUAUACUAUGCCUCCAUAGAUCUCGCUGGAGGAUCUAAAUCGAGCAAAUUCUGGGGACAGAAGAUGAAAACAAGUCAAAUAAGCUCUGAUGCUCAGAGUUCCAAGAGCCAACUUCGGAUCCCCAUUAAGGGUCGGAUACAACUGGUAUCUCCCCUUUCUAUUUGCUUUUUGCUCUAUUAA